AGGAUCUUCGUAUCCAAAAUCAAUCUCUCUCUCCCCUCUCUCCCUCUCUCCUUCUUCUUAUAGCCUCGCUCUCUCCAUCUUCUUCAUGAUCGUCGCCUCCUCUCCAACCGCCGCCUCCGACCGCCGCCGCCGCCGCCGCCCCCGCCCCCGGUCCCUCGCCGGAUUCGCUCCAGAGCCGAGCAGAUGAUAGGUUGCGGGUUCUAUGCUAAGAAGAGACCGCCGUCGGAUGGUUGUUGGCUGAGCACGCUGCUGCGGUGCAACUUCUUCGGCUCGUGCGUCGCGCAUCACUACCUGCGGAAGAAUGAGAAGAACAUAUUCUGCAUCGACUGCAACGUCGGGUUCUGCAAGCAUUGCAUGACGGCGCACGGCCUCCACCGCCGCCUGCAGAUCUGCAAAUACGUGUACCAGGACGUGGUCCGCCUCCAGGAAGUUCAGAAGCAUCUCGACUGUUCUAAAAUUCAGACAUAUAAGAUCAAUGGCGAAAAAGCAGUGCACCUAAAUCCUCGGCCCCAAUCCAAGGACACCAAGCCAUCGACAAAAUCGAAGAAUGGAGGGACCUGUGAAGCUUGCGGAAGAUACAUCCAAGACCUACCUAAUCGCUUCUGCUCAAUUGCUUGCAAGGUCUCAGUGGUGUCGCUGAAGCCGAACAAUGAGCGAAAUCCCGACAUCAUCACCAUUCCCAUUGAAGAACUAACCGAUCUCUCACUGAAGGACAACUACUGCUCAUCAAGUAAUGGCGACGAAAAAGAUUCUUCCACCUCCAUGGCCGAAUCCUCUGAGGAUGCUCCUUUUGGGGUUAGCUCUGGCUUGAAACCGAGAAGUCGUUCGAACAAGCGAAAAGGGUUCCCUCGCAGGGCUCCCCUGCAAUAAAAUCCCCCUCGAGAGUGUAGCUACUUCCUUUGAGAAUUCCUUCUUUCCAAUACAUCAUCAUAUACAGGUCACAAAAAAAAGGAGCAAUACAGGAAUAAAAACCAAUACAAGUACAGUAUGCUUGGACAUCAUGCGAUGAACAAAGAAUGUCACUUUUAAAGUUUCCCCUUGAUUUCAUUGAGUUGGGUUAGCUGCAAAAGUGAGUGUGGCCCCGAGGUAGAACAUUUCAGAAGAGUCAAAUUUUCCUUUGGGGGUUGGGGUUUGGGUUUGUACAGAGGAAAUGACAUGGCGACGUUGGUUGCAGCCGUGACUCGUAUUUUUGGGUAUUAUUUUAAAUAAUCCAUUUUUCUCGUUUCGAAGGGGGGUAUUCUUAUCAAGGUUGUACCAGAAUCACAAUAAAAACGAGCUACCAUAAGCCAAAUUUCUGCUGUUGCUGAUUUUGAUCGCUCAUGGGGGGUCGUCCCUUAUGCAUGAUGGAAUGUUUCUGGUUGUGAUGG